CUUUGUUUAUUUUCAAAUUCUUGUUUAGUUUUUGUUUAAUUUACGUACAAAAUAUUUAUAAUUUAUAAGUAAUCAGAUUUUGAAGUAAUGGGAGCUUCUAAUCGAAAUACGCGCGUAGCACUGGCCAUAUCGGCGUUCUCGUGUUUGCUUUUUAUUAUAGCCUUUGCUACGCCCUAUUGGUUGAUUACUGAUGGACGUCUUCAAAACCCACGCUUCACCAAUUUGGGUCUCUGGGAAGUGUGCUUCAAUAAUUUCCAAGACAUCCAUCGCUUCUACGACACUCAGUUUACUGGCUGCAUGUGGGUGUUUGAAGAAGAGUACUACAUAAUUCACGAUUUCUUAUUGCCUGGAUUCUACAUUGCUGUCCAAUUGUUUGCUACAUUAUGUUUUGUAAUGUGUUUGGUAGCUUUACCUCUGACAUUAUCGUUUUUAAGAACAUCCCGUGAUGACGACCGAUAUGUUUUUCUUCUACUUACUAUCGGAACUUGUCAGGUGCUGGGCUCCAUAUUCGGAUUUAUUGCUGUAAUCAUCUUUGGAGCCAAGGGAGAUUCACGCGAUUGGAUGCCCGGUUGGCAAAACAACGAUAUGGGAUGGUCUUUUGCUUUUGGAGUUAUUGGCGCCGCACUUCUAUUGCCUUCUGGAAUUCUUUACAUGGUUGAAGCACGCCGUGAACGAUAUAAGCGUCUGAACGAAAUUGGCAAUCGUGAAGUGAGCGAAUACGGGGAUGACUACUAUCAAAGCCAGGCAGCUGGUGCAACUGCACCAACAUCAGUGCAGUCUUAUUUUGCUUCCGAGCCUAGUCGCCCUCGACGUCCACAACCAGGACGACUGCCCACAGCUCCACCACAAAGCAGCAUACAAACAGAUAUAUAAAACAUACAAAUAUGUUUAAUUUUGAGGAGAGUCUACAGUGUAUUAUAAUGGACUCUAGUAUACAUGACCGUCCAUUUAAUUUUAUUUUAAAGUACUUUGUCUAUUGGAAAAUUUACACUGCUCUAAAACUCGAAUAACAUUCCUUAUUUAACGAGUUAUUUUUAAAUCUUUUAACUU